CGGCGUGCGGUUCUUGCACUCUACUCUGCUCCGCGUUCGUGUUGGUGCUUUAGUCGUAUAAAUCGCAUGUGUAUUGAACGGAGAAAAAUCUCGCGCCGACGCAACGUACACACUUGAUACCCUAUUUUGUUGUUUUUUUUUUUUUGAAAAGUGCUAACGGUUCUGUUAAUUAGUUAGUGCAGAUGUUUGACAUGAAAAAGUGAUGCCGCGCCACAGUCGAAACUCUAGCUGGCGAACCGUCGCUGCCGACAUUUGCAGUGAAAGAAAAGCAGGCGUUUAGAUUUGUCGCUAUGCAGUAUGUUUUUCGUACAUAUGCAUGAUCGCGUGCACAGGUGCUUAGUCGUUACACUGAAAAAAAGUGACUGCUGCUAACAGGGAGAAUUCGAAGUGGAGAGUAGUGACUGUGAGUGGAGUUUGUACUAAUUACUACUGCCCGUGCACGAUACACUCAUUUACACGCAACCACACACACAGACAGACACACACUUAGUCGGAUUCGUAUUCGUAUUCGUUUUUAUGUACAUUUUGUUGUCUUGCGUUUAACGUUACAUACAUGUACAUAUAUGUUUGAUGUUGCCUGCUGUUUGUUUGUAUUUAUUGCCUUCUCAUAUUUGUGUAUGUGUGUUUAUUAAUGUAAAAUACAACAUUAUAAUACAACAACAAGAACAGCGUCUAAAGGCCAAGCCAAAAAGAAAGCGCCAUGCCAAUGAAAACAACAAAUACACCGAGUGUCUCCGCCGCCGCCGAAAACAAAAACAAAAAGAAAUCGCCGCCGACGCAUGCAUACCUUUAAUUUAUUACACAUAUUGUUUUUAUUUUGAAUAAUGGAUCGUCGUGCAUUGAAGUUUAUGCAAAAAAGAGCGGACACAGAAAGCGAUACCACUACACCAGUGAGCACCACAGCAUCCCAGGGGACAUUAGCAUCGGCCAUAUCAGCAGGUGGGACUCUACCCCUGAAGGACAACUCAAACAUCCGCGAGAAGCCGUUGCACCACAACAACAACACCAGUUCCCAACACACACACUCACACCAGCAACAGCAACAACAGCAGGCUAGCGGCAAGCAGCUUGAGCGGCCACUGAAGUGCCUGGAAACGCUCGCCCAGAAGGCGGGCAUCACGUUUGACGAGAAAUACGAUGUGGCCAGCCCCCCGCAUCCCGGCAUUGCCCAGCAACAGGCGACUCCAGGAACAGGAACUGCUACGGGAACGGUAUCAGGCACAGUUACUCCCACAAGUCUUCGUCACGGAACCCCACCAACUGCCCGCAGGCACACUCACACUCCAAACACCCCGGGCAGGCCCAGUGCACCCAGCACACCCAACACUAGCUCCAACUCGAACCCGAAUUCUCACGUCCUUGCCCGCCACACCAGUCUCACGCUGGAGAAGUCACAGAAUCCCGGCCAGCAGGUGGCCGCCACCACCACAAUGCCGCUCCAGAUCCUACCGGAGCAACUGCAGCAGUUCUACGCAAGCAAUCCCUACGCUAUUCAGGUGAAGCAGGAGUUUCCCCAGCAUACGGGCGGCGGCAGUGGAACUGAGCUGAAGCAUGCAGCCAACAUUCUGGAAGUCCAGCAGCAACUACAACUACAGCAACAGCUAUCGGAAUCUAAUGGUGGAGGAGCAACGCAGGGUGGCGCCGCAGGAUCACCCAGUCCGGCCAAUUCGCAGCAGAGCCAGCAGCAACAGCACUCUACUGCCAUCAGCACCAUGCCGCCAAUGCAGCUGGCCACCGGAGGUGUUGGCGGGGAUUGGUCGCAGGGGAGGACUGUGCAGCUGAUGCAGCCCUCUACCAGCUUCUUGUACCCGCAGAUGAUUGUGUCGGGCAAUCUAUUGCAUCCAGGCGGCCUCGGCCAACAGCCCAUCCAGGUCAUAACCGGCAAGCCCUUUCAGGGCAACGGUCCCCAGAUGCUCACUACCACGACGCAGAAUGCCAAGCAGAUGAUUGGAGCACAAGCGGGAUUCGCCGGGGGCAACUUCGCCACCUGUAUUCCAUCAAACCACAACCAGUCGCCCCAGACGCUGCUUAUCUCGCCGGUGAAUGUUAUCUCCCACUCGCCGCAGCAACAACAGAAUCUGCUGCAGUCGAUGGCCGCCGCCGCCCAGCAGCAGCAACUUACCCAACAGCAGCAGCAACAGCUAAGCCAGCAGCAACAGCAACAGCAACUCACCCAGCAGCAACAACAGCAGCAGCAACAGCUGACAGCCGCUCUGGCGAAAGUGGGAGUGGAUGCGCAGGGCAAACUGGCCCAGAAAGUGGUCCAGAAGGUGACCACUACGAGCAGCACAGUGCAGGCGGCGACGGGUACAGGGUCCGCUGGAACGUCACAGGCCCAGCAGGUACAGCAGGUCCAACAGCAACAGCAGCAAACCACCCAAACCACUCAACAGUGCGUCCAAGUCUCGCAGUCAACGUUACCAGUCGGAGUCGGCGCCCAGUCGGUUCAGACUGCCCAACUCCUGAACGCUGGGCAAGCGCAACAAAUGCAAAUCCCCUGGUUCUGGCAAAACGGACUGCAGCCCUUUGGCUCAAAUCAGAUCAUCCUGCGUAACCAGCCAGACGGGACCCAGGGCAUGUUCAUCCAACAGCAACCGGCGACACAGACCCUGCAGACGCAGCAGAACCAGAUCAUCCAGUGCAAUGUGACCCAGACUCCCACCAAGGCACGCACCCAACUCGAUGCACUUGCUCCCAAGCAGCAACAGCAGCAGCAGGCAGGCACUACUAACCAGACCCAGCAGCAGCAGCUAGCUGUUGCCACUGCCCAAUUGCAGCAACAGCAGCAGCAACUCACGGCAGCAACUCUGCAGCGACCUGGAGCUCCAAUUAUGCCUCACAAUGGAACCCAAGUGCGUCCAGCCAGUUCCGUAUCCACACAGACAGCUCAAAACCAGAGUUUGCUGAAGGCCAAGAUGCGUAACAAGCAGCAGCCCGUGCGACCCGCUCUACCCACCUUGAAGACAGAAAAUGGUCAGGUCGCAGGCCAAAAUAAAGUGGUGGGUCACCUGACCACCGUGCAGCAGCAACAGCAGGCAACGAAUCUCCAGCAGGUGGUCAAUGCGGCGGGCAAUAAAAUGGUUGUGAUGAGUACGACAGGCACUCCCAUUACCCUCCAGAAUGGACAGACUCUCCAUGCAGCCACUGCGGCAGGAGUGGACAAACAGCAGCAACAGAUGCUCAUUCAAAAGCAGCAAUUCCUACAGCAGCAAAUGUUCCAGCAGCAGAUCGCUGCCAUUCAGAUGCAGCAGCAGGCGGCUGUUCAGGCCCAGCAACAGCAACAACAGCAGCAAGUCACCCAACAACACCAACAGGUAAACGCCCAGCAACAGCAAGCGGUGGCGCAACAACAGCAGGCGGUUGCCCAGGCACAGCAACAGCAAAGGGAGCAGCAGCAGCAAGUUGCCCAAGCACAAGCACAGGCGCAGCAGCAGCAGGCACUUGCCAAUGCUACUCAGCAGAUCCUGCAGGUGGCGCCCAACUCAUUCAUCACACCCCAGCAGCAGCAACAACUUCACAACCAGCUGAUCCAGCAGCAACUGCAGCAACAGGCUCAGGCACAGGUCCAAGCCCAAGUGCAGGCCCAAGCGCAGCAGCAACAACAGCAGCGUGAGCAGCAGAGCAUCAUCCAGCAGAUUGUAGUGGGUGGAGCGGUGGGAGCGACCGCCCAACAGCAGCAGCAGCAAUCGCAGCAGCAAACCGGACAGCUGCAGUUGAGCAGCGUGCCCUUUUCGGUUUCUUCGACGACGACGCCAGCUGGCAUAGCUACCUCCAGUGCUCUGCAGGCAGCUCUCUCCGCCUCAGGCGCCAUCUUCCAGACAGCUAAGCCUGGCACUUGCAGUUCCUCAUCGCUUCCCACCAGUAGUGUGGUCACGAUUACCAAUCAGAGCAGCACUCCCCUGGUCACCAGCAGUACAGUGGCCAAUCUGCAGCAGGCACAGGCUCAGGCUCAAGCUCAAGCUGCUCAGAUCCAACAACAACAGCAGCAGCUAAUCAACGCCACCAUAGCGGCAGCAUCUCAACAGCAGCAACAGGGACCACCUUCACUUACACCAACAACGCCCUCACCCACCACUAAUCCCAUCCUGGCCAUGACUUCGAUGAUGAAUGCCACUGUGGGCCACUUAUCUACUGCUCCGCCGGUGACGGUUUCUGUGACUAGCACUGCUGUUACUCCAUCGCCGGGUCAGCUUGUAACGCUCAGCAGUGCUAGUAGCGGGGGAAGUUUUCCUGCCACGCCCACAAAGGAUGCGAAUUCGAAAGCACCCACCGCUACUCUGGUGCCUAUUGAUUCGCCAAUGACGGCUGUAUCUGGUCAAGACAUCUGCACCACACCCAAAUCCUCCGCUUCUGCAAAUAUCAGUUCGUCCGUAGAGGCCAGCAGUUCCACGAGUGAGGCUCUGCCCAAUGGAGAAGUCGCAGAUCGGGCGUCCACGCCAUCGAAGACACCUACCACUCCCAGCAGUAAGCAAAGCAAUGCAGUUCAGCCGACGAGCAGCAGCACCACACCCAGCACUGCUAGCGGAAUGGAGGAACCCAAGGUGCCUACCUCCAUCAAUUCGUCCGCUACUGCAACUCCAAUAACGACAACUAUUAGCAAUGGGAUUGGAAUUGCCAAGACGACAGGAAGUACAACCACUACCACUACAUCUAGCACUUCAACCACAACGUGCACCAGCACCACCACGACCACAUCAACUGGCAGCAUAAACGGAGUAAAAGAUCUGCCGAAGGCCAUGAUUAAGCCUAAUGUGCUAACCCACGUCAUCGAUGGUUUUAUCAUACAGGAGGCCAACGAACCAUUCCCUGUGACCAGGCAACGAUAUGCUGACAAGGAUGUCAGCGAUGAACCGCCAAAGAAAAAGGCAGCCAUGCAGGAAGACAUUAAGCCAUGUGGGAUCGCGUCGGCUCCAGCAGCGGAUAUGGUUGCUUGCGAGCAGUGUGGCAAGCUGGAACACAAAUCAAAGCUCAAACGGAAGCGCUACUGUUCGCCAGGGUGCGCCAGACAGGCGAAGAAUGGCAUCGGUGGAGUGGGCUCAGGGGAGACCAACGGCCUUGGAACAGGCGGCAUUGUUGGAGUGGACGCCAUGGCGUUGGUGGACAAACUGGACGAAGCUAUGGCCGGAAAAAUGCAGACAGAAGCCCUACAGGCAAUGUCCGAAUCGCUGCCCAUCCAAGCGGCUCCAACAGAGGUUCCAUCGAUUCCAAUGCCGGUGCUAGCGGCUAUCCCAGCGUCUUCCCCGCUUUCGUUGCCGCUGGCAUUGCCGUUGCCAGUUGCAAUACCUCCUGUACCUAUGGCAGUAGCUCCGCCUGGAGUGGUCACUCCUGCAGUGGCACUUCCAUCCUCCAAUGUGAAUGUGAAUGGAUCGGAUCGCCCGCCAAUCAGCAGCUGGAGUGUGGAGGAGGUUAGCAACUUCAUUCGAGAACUGCCUGGAUGUCAGGACUAUGUGGACGACUUUAUUCAGCAGGAGAUCGACGGUCAGGCCCUGUUGCUGCUCAAGGAGAACCAUCUUGUGAAUGCUAUGGGCAUGAAGCUGGGCCCAGCCCUCAAGAUCGUAGCGAAGGUGGAGUCGAUGAAGGAAGUUCCGCCGCCCGGCGAGGCCAGAGAGGCAGGAACUCAAUAGAAGCUGGCAGAGAGCGCAAAGCCGCAAUAGAUGAUCUCCUAACCGAACAGUGGACCUGGUACAACCAAGUCUGUGAUGCUGCGUCCAUCUGCUUCUGAGUGUCAGGGCAGGCCAGCAAGUCCCAAAACCCAUAAGUGUAUAUAUUACUCCAAGAUCAUUUUUAAGCAUUAAUAUAUUUAUUUAGAAUUAGAAUUUACACCCAACAGUCAGAAAACGAAUGGAAUUACUUAAACUUAGUACAAGCUACGAAUAAUGUUAUAAUUGACCUGCCAGGCCAGUGAAAUCGAUAUAAUAUUAAGUUAAGAUAAGUUUAGUUUAGAGCAUAAGUAGCAUUUUAAUAACACUCGCCGUAAUGUAUAGUUUUUACAAGUAUUUUCAACUAAGAAAAUGUACCACUAAGCUUGUACUAAUAACAAAAAGAUUUUAAACUUGCGAAAGAAGAGAUAAAACAUCUAAAUGUGAAUUUGAACUUUUUGCUAACAAUUUUGUAAUGCCUAGACUUAAGCCUAUUUUUUUCAACGCUAUUGUUUUGCUAUUGCUAAACAAAAUAAUAAAUGCACUUUAUAGUGUUUAAUAUAUAUGAAA